AUGGCUAUCCAGAAAAAGCACGGAAAAGGUCGUUUGGAUAAAUGGUACCGCCUGGCGAAGGAGAAGGGCUACAGAUCUCGAGCUGCGUUCAAACUGGUACAACUGAACAAGAAGUAUGGAUUUUUGGAGAAAAGUAAGGUCUUGAUCGAUCUUUGCGCUGCGCCUGGUGGUUGGUGUCAAGUUGCCGCAGAAUGCAUGCCCGCUCAGAGUCUUAUCGUCGGUGUCGAUCUCGCCCCUAUCAAGUCGAUUCCUCGAGUCAUCAGUUUCCAGAGCGAUAUCACCACCGAUAAAUGUCGUGCUACAAUUCGAUCCCAUCUCAAAACUUGGAAAGCAGACACCGUUCUUCACGACGGUGCGCCCAAUGUCGGAACAGCUUGGGUACAGGAUGCUUUCUCCCAGGCCGAGCUGGUGCUGGAGUCAUUGAAACUGGCUACAGACUUUUUGAUCGAAGGCGGAACCUUUGUCACCAAGGUUUUCCGAUCCAAGGAUUACAACCCUCUUCUGUGGGUGUUCAAGCAGCUGUUCACAUCUGUCGAAGCAACCAAGCCCCCGUCAUCUCGUAAUGUCUCCGCCGAAAUUUUCGUUGUCUGCCGCGGAUUCAAGGCCCCCAAGCGCAUCGAUCCCAAAUUCCUCGACCCUAGACAUGUCUUCGCAGAACUUUCCGACCCCACCCCGAACAACGAGGCCAAGGUUUUCAACCCCGAAAAGAAGAAGCGCAGACGUGAAGGUUAUGAAGAGGGCGACUACACCCAGUUUAAGGAGAUCCCAGUGACCGACUUUAUCAACACUAUGGAUCCUAUCGCCAUUCUAGGUUCCUACAACAAACUCAGCUUUGACGAGCCAGAGGGUGGAGAUGUUGCCAUGACCACUGUAAACAGACUGGAGGAGACUACAGAAGAGAUCAGAAAAUGCUGUGCGGAUUUGAAGGUUCUCGGAAAGAAGGAAUUCCGUAACCUGCUCAAGUGGCGCUUGAAGCUUCGCGAAAAGUUUGGAUUGGUCGUCAAGAAAAGUUCGCAAGGAGUGGAUGGUGAGGCAGAAGAGGUCGCAGAGGUCGCCCCCAUGGACGAAGAACUGGCUAUCCAGGAAGAGUUGCAACGCAUGCGAACUAAGGAGUCUACGCGUGACAAGAAAGAGAGGCGCAAGGAGAAUGAAAAGAAGCGGAAGGAGAUUGUCCGCCUUCAGAUGCACAUGACCACUCCCAUGGAGAUUGGUAUGGAACAACAUUCACUUGGAGGUGCAGCUCCAGACUCCACAUUUACUCUUCGGCGUGUGGACAAGGCCGGUGCCAGAGAUGCCGUUGUUAACUCCCGUGAUAUCCCCGUUGAAAGUGAGAGUGAAGAUGAGUCUUCGGAAGAUGAAGAAAGUGACGAUGACGGUGAUAUCCUUGAAAGAGACCUCGACUCGAUGUACGACCAAUACCAAGAGCGCUUGGAAGAUAAGGAUUCGAAACUGCGCGCCAAGAAGGCACGUAAGGCUUACGAAACCAACGAAUGGGACGGAUUCUCCGAGGACAACAAAAGCGAUGCCUCCGAUAACGAACAAGAGGAAGAGGAAGAUGAAGAUGAAGAUGAAUCCUACGAUGCUGUUCCCAAGGACGCAGCCGCUCAGGCGACUCAUAUCUCAAAUAAUGCCGCUCUCUUCUUCGACCAGGAUAUUUUCCAGGGUCUAGAAGAAGAUGAGGAGGAGGAGGAGGAAGAAGACGAGGAGGAUGAAGACCAAGAUAUGGAGGAUGAUGAAGAAAGCGAUACCGAAGAAGAGAUCCCUGCGCCCAAGAAAAAGAGCAAGAAAGAACCCAAGAAGAAGCAAACUUCAGAGUGGGUUGACUCAGACGAUGAGCCUUACCAGUUUGACGAACCUCGGAAAGCCAACGGCCAGCUGGACAUUGAUAUUAUUACUGCUGAGGCCAUGGCUUUGGCUCACCAGAUGGCCACCGGUGAGAGAAAGUCCACUGAUAUUGCUGACGAUGGUUUCAACCGUCUUUCAUUCCGUGAUGUGGACGGUCUCCCUGAAUGGUUCCUUGACGAUGAGGGCAAGCACAGCAAGACCCAACGACCGAUCACCAAGGCUGCUGCGGCUGCUAUCAAGGAGAAGUUGCGUGCUAUCAACGCCCGUCCCAUCAAGAAGGUGAUGGAAGCCAAGGGUCGCAAGAAGUUCAAGGCUGCUCAGAAACUCGAGAAGCUGCGCAAGAAGUCCGCUCUUCUGGCCGAUGACGAGGCUCUUAGUGAGCGCGACAAGGCGCAGUCGAUUUCCAAGCUGAUGAGCAAGGCCGGCAAGAAGAAGCCCAAGCAGCAGGUCAAGUUGGUUGUGGCUCGGGGUAACAACCGUGGUAUUUCUGGUCGUCCCAAGGGUGUCAAGGGCAAGUACAAGAUUGUGGAUGCCCGUAUGAAGAAGGAUAUUCGGGCGGAAAAGCGACUGGCGAAGAAGAAGAAGGCGUAA